GGUGCAGACACCGGAGUCAGCGAGGCAUGUGUUUGGACACCGGCGUUUCGAUUAAAUAAAAAAGACACUUACAGAAACCAAACACCUGAGCGUUUUCUUUUCCCACCGGCUGUUAUUUGCCAACGGCCGCUUGUCGCGCCAUCAGUUGUUUGAAUUGCCACCUCACGCAGGAUUGCGGCGCCCUGCUCCUCGUAAACAUUCGUGAAUGGAAAGCAGUUGCAGAGCAGACAUACAUCUUGUCAAACGUUUCUCGAAUCCUUUACAGUUUUGUGAUUGAUUAGCUGGAUCCUCUUGCAGCCUUUGAGGGAAGAUGGAGACCUUCUUCGCAGAGGGUUCUCGAGUGUGGGUGAAUCAUAAAGAUCAGCUGGUCCCCUCUACAGUGAACUCCUGUGGAGAUGGAACCCUGGUGCUCACCACCGACUACGGGGAGGCGGUGUACCUGCAGCAGGCGGAGGUGAACAGGGAGAAGGUGUCCCCCAUGCACCAGAGCAGCAUUGAUGGAGUGGAGGACAUGUCCACACUGGCAGAGCUCCAUGAGGCCGCCAUCAUGCACAACCUUCAUCAGCGAUACCAGAAAGACAACAUCUAUACUAACAUAGGUUCUAUCCUGGCGGCCGUGAAUCCUUAUAAGCAGAUCAGAGGGCUGUAUGAUCUCUCUGCAGUGGAGCUGUACAGUCAGCAUCAUUUGGGCGAGCUGCCACCACACAUCUUUGCUAUUGUCAAUGAGUGCUACCGCUGCUUAUGGAAGAGACAUGAUAGCCAAUGUGUGCUGAUCAGUGGUGAAAGUGGAGCUGGGAAAACAGAGAGCACCAAACUACUGCUACAGUUCCUGUCUGUCAUGAGCCAAAACUCUGCCGGGACGCCGCCUACAGAGAAGACCACCCGCGUAGAGCAAGCUAUCGUACAGAGCAGCCCCAUCAUGGAAGCAUUUGGAAAUGCCAAAACAGUCUACAACAACAACUCCAGUCGCUUUGGGAAAUUCAUUCAGCUUCAUUUCUCUCAAAGCGGGAACAUCCAGGGAGGAUGCAUCGUCGACUAUUUACUUGAAAAGAAUCGAGUGGUAAGGCAGAAUCCAGGGGAGAGAAACUACCACAUCUUUUAUGCUUUGCUGGCGGGGGCCAGCAAAGGCCAAAAAGAGACAUAUUUUCUGGAAGACUCCCCUGAGUUAUUUCACUACCUGAGGCAGUCAGGAUGUGUGAAGGACAGCAGUCUUGAUGACAAGCAGCUUUUUGACGAUGUCAUGGAGGCUCUGAAGGUCAUGGAGUUCACAGAAGAAGAGAUCAGAGAUAUGUUUAAACUGCUGUCUGGAGUUCUGCAGCUUGGCAAUGUGGAGUUCAUGACAGCAGGGGGCGCUCAGAUCACCACCCAACAGGUUAUCACUAAUGUGAGUGAGCUCAUGGGUCUGGACAGUUUUCAGUUGUCUGAGGUUCUGACCCAGCGUUCCAUGAUCCUCAGAGGAGAAGAGAUCUGCUCUCCACUCACAGUGGAACAGGCAAUAGAUUCCAGGGAUUCGGUUGCCAUGGCGCUUUAUUCUCAGUGCUUCUCGUGGAUCAUCAUGCGAAUCAAUCAGAAGAUAAAGGGCAAAGAUAAUUUCAAGUCUAUUGGAAUCUUGGACAUCUUUGGUUUUGAGAACUUUGAGGUGAACCGUUUUGAGCAGUUCAACAUUAACUAUGCUAAUGAGAAACUGCAAGAAUAUUUUAACAAACACAUCUUCUCUCUGGAGCAACUGGAGUACAACAGGGAAGGGAUUCACUGGGAAGCCAUUGACUGGAUGGACAAUGCAGAAUGUCUGGAUCUGAUUGAGAAGAAACUGGGCAUGUUAGCUCUGAUUAAUGAGGAGAGCCGAUUUCCCAAAGGCACUGACUUCACCCUGCUGGAGAAACUGCACGGCAGACACUCUACUAAUCCCUAUUAUGUGAAACCCAGACUGGCAGACCAUCAGUUUGGGAUAAAACACUAUGCUGGAGAGGUCUUAUAUGAUGUGAGGGGGAUUUUAGAGAAGAACAGAGACACAUUUAGAGAUGAUAUACUGAACAUGCUGAAGGAUAGUAGAUUGGAUUUCAUCUAUGACCUGUUUGAGCAAGUGAGCAGCAGAAAUAAUGAGGAGACCUUGAAGAUGGGCACAGCAAGAAAAAAGCCCACUGUCAGCUCACAGUUCAGAGACUCUCUUCAUGCCCUAAUGGCCACUCUCUGUGUAUCCAACCCCUUUUUUGUGCGUUGCAUCAAACCCAAUAUGGACAAGACCCCAAACAAGUUCAACCCAGAUGUGGUUCUCAAUCAGUUGCGGUACUCUGGCAUGUUGGAGACGGUGAAGAUUCGCAGAGCUGGAUUCCCUGUCCGACGCACCUUUAAAGACUUCUCCAGCAGGUAUGAGAUCAUUCUGAAGGAGAAGGAAAAGGCAGCUGUGGAUUCAAAUGGAGAUGAGAAAAAGAAGAGCACAGAUUUGCUCACACUCCAUGACAGGACCAAAAAGGAGUGGCAGAUUGGGAAGACCAAGGUGUUUCUGAAGGAACCUCUAGAACAGAAGCUGGAGAAGCAGAGAGAUGAAGUGCGAAGCAAAGCUGGACUGAUCAUACGAGCCUAUCUUCUGAGAUAUAUUGCAAGAAAGAACUUUAAGAAGGCUCUGGACAGCAUUCUGACCAUCCAGAAGAACUACCGCGCACAUUUCUAUCGACGUCAGUUUCAACGGAAAUGCUCAGCUGCACUUGUUCUCCAGAAACACAGGCGAGGGCAAGUGGCAAGAGGAGUCUGCCACAAACUACGAGAAGAGAAGAGGAAGAAAGAGGAGGAAGAAAGGAAAAAUAAAGAAGAGGAGGAGAAGAAAACAGGAGACCAUGAAAAGAAAAAUGAAGAGGAAAAGGAAGGAGAGAAAGCAGAGUCUCCACACUCAUCUGAGGAGGAGCAUCGUCAGAUGGAGGAAAUUCUGCGUUUGGAGCAAGAGAUUGAGCGUCUGCAGAAGAAAAAGGAAGACGGUGUGUCUAUGCUAUGCGAGAGCUCAAGACAGGAACUCCGCUUGCGGCGUGAUGCUGAGGUCCUGCGUCAGAAAAAAGCUGCUUCUCGUGUCGCUACUGAAUUCCUUGAACUGCUUGACACUGGAGGCCCAGAAGUCAUUCCUGGUGAUGCUAAACAACCUGCCCCCAGACCGGCAGGCACCACUGAGGAAGAGGUAGAUGAAGGCUUCCAUGCAGAGGAAGAGUGCAUACCACUUCCCGAGUUCCCUCCUCCAGUGGAAGGUCCAGUGGAUCAGGAGAUCUUAGGCACUCUACCACCUCCUCCUCCUGCCUUUGCAGAGGGCACGGUGGCCCCAUCUGCACCUAACGUUCCGCCUGAAGGGGCUAAAACAGUUGUGGAUGGGAAAAAGGAGGGAGAGGAUGUGGAUCGCACCAGCAGGCUGACUGCAGCAGAGUCUCUGCCAGACACAGAGGAACCCAUCUACAGUGUGCCUGGGGAUGGCGAGUCGGACUAUGACCAAGAUGAUCUAGAGGACGGACAGAGCAGCAUUGUGGCGACAGACACAGAACACGCACGCAAGUCCACCUGCACCAACGCAAGCCAGGAGUCUUACAACCGCAGCUCAGAUUCGUAUGCUGACAGCGAUGAUGAGCAUGAUGGGUACGUGGACACAGAUGAGGAGGUAUCCAACGGUAAAGUCAACAUCUUGAAUGGGAACGGACCUCCGUAUUUCCACAGUUACCUUUACAUGAAGGCUGGCUUGAUGAUCCCGUGGCGCAGGCGUUGGUGUGUUCUGAAGGACGAAACAUUCAUGUGGUUCCGCUCUAAACAGGAGUCAUUAAAGUCAGGCUGGCUGUACAAGAAGGGCGGCGGCCUAUCUACUCUCUCUCGCAGGAACUGGAAGAUGCGCUGGUUCGUUCUGCGUGACUCCAAGCUCAUGUACUUUGAGAAUGACAGUGAGGAAAAGCUGAAAGGGACAAUUGACAUCCACUCAGCCAAGGAGAUUGUAGACAAUCAUGAGAAAGAGAAUGCUCUGAAUAUUGUGACAGACGAGAGAACAUACCAGGUGUUUGCAGAGUCCCCGGAGGAUGCCAGUGGCUGGUUUACCGUGUUGAGUCGGGUCCAAAAUGCCACCCCAGAGCAGCUGCUGGAGAUGUCCCAUGAGCAGGCCAACCCAAAGAACGCUGUGGGCACACUGGAUGUUGGAUUGAUUGAUUCAGUUUGUGCUUCAGACAAUCCCGACAGACCUAAUUCAUUUGUGAUCAUCACAGCCAAUCGUGUGAUCCACUGUAACUCAGACCUGCCGGAGGAAAUGCAUCACUGGAUCAGUCUGCUGCAGAAACCCAAAAGAGACUCCAAAAGUGAUGGACAGGAGUUCCUGGUCAGAGGAUGGCUGCACAAGGAGAUGAAGGCAGGAGCCAAAAGUUCUGCUCUCAAACUGAAAAAGCGCUGGUUUGUCUUGACUAACAACUCUCUGGACUACUACAAGUCUUCUGAGCGCAAUGCAUCUAAGAUGGGCACCCUGGUUCUGAACAGCCUGUGCUCUGUGGUCCAGCCUGAGGAGAAAAAGUUUAAAGAGACAGGUUACUGGAACAUCAUAAUUCAUGGGCGUAAACAUUCAUACCGUUUGUACACCAAGUUGCUGAAUGAAGCCAUGCGCUGGGUGUCUGCCGUUCAGGGCGUCAUUGACAACAAGGCACCCAUUGAAACGCCCACCCAGCAACUCAUUAGGGACAUUAAGGAGAACAGUGUGAACUCUGAGGCUGUGGAACAAAUGUAUCGAAGAAACCCCAUUCUGAGAUAUACCCAGCAUCCCUUGCAUUCACCUCUUCUGCCACUACCAUACGGAGAGGUCAGCGAAAGCUUGCAAAAGGAGAAGGGUUAUGGAAGCCUGCAGGAUGAGGCUGUGAAGAUCUUUAACUCUCUUCAGGAAAUGGAGAUCAUUUCAGACCCUGUCGCCAUCAUCCAGGGCAUCCUGCAGACCUGCCACGAUCUGCGGCCACUGAGAGACGAGGUGUACUGUCAGCUGAUCAAACAGACCAAUCACGUGCCCCAACCCAACAGCCCUGCAAACCGUGCACACUGGCACCUGCUCACCUGCAUGAGUUGCACCUUCUUGCCCAGUCGCGCCAUCCUGCGUUACCUCCGAUUCCACUUGAAGAGAGUUAGAGAGCGCUACCCUGGCACUGAGAUUGAGAAGUAUGCCCACUUCAUUGGUGAGUCCCUGAAGAAGACAAAGACCAGGGAGUAUGUGCCCUCUCAGGAGGAGAUCGCCGCCCUGCUGAACAGACAAGAAAUGACAACUACUGUGUACUGCCAUGGAGGAGGGUCUUGCAAGAUAUCCAUCAACUCACACACCACAGCUGGAGAGGUGGUUGAGAAGCUGAUUCGUGGUCUGGCAAUGGAAAAUAGCAGGAAUAUGUUCUCUUUGUUUGAGCACAAUAAGGUGGCGAGUCGGGCCAUAGAAAGUCGUGUAAUUGUGGCAGAUGUGCUCGCAAAGUUUGAGAGGUUGGCAGGUAGUGAAGAUGAGGAGGAGGAAGGGCCCUGGAGGCUAUAUUUCAAGCUCUAUUGCUUUCUUGAUGUGGAAAGCAUGCCCAAAGAGGGAGUGGAAUUUGCCUUCAUGUUUGAGCAGGCUCAUGAGAGUCUCAUCAGUGGUCAUUUCCCAGCCCUUGAGGAAACCCUUCAGCACUUAGCAGCCCUGCGACUGCAGUACAUCCACGGUGACGUGGCCCGUACGCCCUGGAGCCUAAGCAGCGUCUACCCUGUUGGACGACUUCGCACCCGCAUACUCCAAUCCACUAAAGCAGGGGGUGCUGGAGUACCCGGCGCUGGUAUAGUAGGGCCAGGAGGUCACACUUUAGAACGCCGGAAGACCAACUUCCUAGACGGGACGCUGAGACGCAGCUUCAAGACGGGAUCGCUGAAGAAACAGCGUGUGGAGGAGGAACAGAUGUUGGAGAUGUUUGUAAAGGAGGAGAUGUCAGCCACACUGACCAGCGUGCUGGAGAAAUGGAGCCGUCUACAGGGCAUGCCUCAACACCAAGCCAUGCUCAGCUACAUGACCAUCAUCAAAGAGUGGCCGGGAUACGGGUCCACACUGUUUGAUGUGGAGUGUAAGGAGGGCGGCUUCCCUCAUGAUCUGUGGCUGGGAGUCAGUGCUGAAAACGUCUCUGUGUACAAACGGGGUGAACCCAAACCACUCGAAACUUUCCAGUAUGAGCACAUCGUUUUCUUCGGUGCACCUCAGCCCAGCACAUACAAAAUAAUUGUUGAUGAAAGAGAGAUGUUCUUUGAGACGUCUCAGGUGGGUGAAAUCACUAAGAUCAUGAAGGCAUACAUCAACAUGAUCGUCAAAAAGCGCUGCAGUAUCAUGUCCAUCACCAGCAACAGCAGCGCCUGGAUGAGGUGAUCGACACCAACCAGCGCCCAAAGUGUCCAGGAACACAAUGUGAUGAAAGUGAAGUAUACUACUGACUGUUCUUGAUUGGAGAUUGAGAGCAGAGAAGAAACAGAGACUUCACCCUUCCAAUGAUUGAACUUAACCUACUGGAAUCCUCUGUAUACCUGUCCUAAAUACAACAGCACAUGUUUAUUUAGUAUUUAUUGGACCAGUUUCACCUUUACGAAGCACAACAAAGCCUGGUAACAUGCUCACUGUUCCCUCCCCUCACUGCCAGCACCCUGUCUGAUGACCAAACUUCCUUGUCUCUUCUUCUCCAUUUCAUUCCCUUCUCUCUACCCUCAGUGAUGUUGUACCUAACCAACAACCACCUACGACUCCAUUUACCGGUAGUUUUACAGAGGUGUGUAUAUUGUGCUUGUGUGUGAGAUCAGAGUUUGUGCACACACACAUACAGAGCUAUUUUGUAAAGCCACAAGAGAGCAGGAGGAGAAAGCUGUGCGUUAACAUUACCAUUCAUCUCAAUGGCAGCUGCUCGGCUGGCGCAGGACACCCCAGAAGUAUGCGGUUUGAAUUCUGCAACCUUUGCUCAUGGCCGCUCAAUUUCACAUACAGGUUUUUUUGAGCCAAUCACUUGAGCCAUAAAUGCCAUGUGACUUGAGCCUCAGGAAAAUUACAUCAUGGCAGCUCUGAUUGGCUGAUGGCACCAAAAGGAACAUGCAGCAUGAUAAAAAAUCUGCUAUGAUAUAAUGAAAUGUGUGCAAUGUAUAUGUUGCUUCUAAAAAAUUUGCCUUGUGCCCUCAAAAGUGUAGUUACAAAAUCUACCAGCAGAGGCCACCUGGAGUCAGUCAGCCAAUCAGAUAGCAGUAUAUCUGGGGCCGGCAGUAUGUGGAUAUCAGCAGCGACUGUCUACUCGUUUGUAUGCAACAUCCUAUUUUGUACUAAAUGCCAGAGUCUAUAAAUACAUAUGCUGAAGUGUUACAUUUGAUACUGUCUAAAUUAUUUGUAUUUACAGUCAUUACAACGGUUUCCUUUUUUCUUUUUUUUUCUUUUUGCCUGCGAUACAAAGCUUGUGUAAUUUUAACUGUACCAAGGCACAAAAGCAUACCCAUUUUGACCAGUUUGGGUUCCUAAGCACCUCUAUUCACUAUUACAUAGUUCGGAUAACGGUUAUGAAGUGUUAUGCAAGUAGAGCCAGGUCUGCCUGCCCAAAGCAAGCAAUGAAAAGUACUGUAUUAGGCAACAGCAGUCAAGAUUCAAUAAGCAUGUAUUUGUACUGUUUCAAUACAUAUAAGUAACAUUAAUUGUGAAACACUUAUUCUAUGAUUAAAGCACUUAAACUGUUUAGAGCCUGACAUUUGAUGCAAAAUUAUGGGCCCACAGUAUGUACAGUAAGGCUACAGAUCU